CUCUUAUCCGACCGGAAAAUAAAAAAGAAAAUUAAAAUAAAAGAGGUUUCGUUUUUUUUAUUCUUUCACUCACCAAAAAAAAUUUGCUUCUGAUUGUCUCUCUUGAGUAAAAUUUUAAAGGGAGGAAACAAAUCCCAAGAAGGGAAUGCAGAGAGAUGGUCGGAGUAUCGCCGGUGAAGACUAAGCUUUGUGAUCGGUUUAACCGGUCUGUCGGCGGCAGGAAUUGCCACCGUAAACACGUCGAGGACGGGUGAUACUGUUUCUUAACUCUCGAUUUCUCCGCAAAAUAUCAAAAAAAAAAACCCGUAAAAUCUUUUUUUUUUUUUUCUUUUUUUAAAUUUUCAAGAAAAAAUUCAAAAUCGUCGUUAGUAAAAAAAAAAAAAAACAUGGUCGGAGGAGCAAAGCCGGUUGAGAAUGGAUCUGAUGGCGGUGGUGUGAGUAACAGUACGGCUCUGCUUCACGGACGUUACGAGCUAGGUCGUCUACUAGGUCACGGAACAUUCGCGAAGGUGUACCACGCUCGUAACGUCCAAACCGGAAAAAGCGUGGCGAUGAAGGUCGUCGGAAAAGAGAAAGUCGUGAAAGUAGGGAUGGUGGAGCAGAUCAAACGAGAGAUCUCAGUGAUGAGGAUGGUGAAACACCCAAACAUCGUCGAGCUUCACGAAGUCAUGGCGAGCAAAUCCAAGAUCUAUUUCGCCAUGGAGCUCGUAAGAGGCGGCGAGUUGUUCGCUAAAGUGUCUAAAGGAAGACUACGAGAAGACGUGGCUCGUGUUUACUUCCAGCAAUUGAUCUCAGCCGUUGAUUUUUGCCACAGCCGUGGUGUUUAUCACAGAGAUCUGAAACCUGAGAAUCUCUUGUUAGACGAAGAAGGUAACCUUAAGGUGACUGAUUUUGGUCUCUCUGCUUUUACUGAGCAUUUGAAACAAGACGGGCUUCUUCAUACUACUUGUGGUACUCCGGCUUACGUUGCUCCGGAGGUUAUAUUGAAGAAAGGUUACGACGGAGCUAAAGCUGAUCUGUGGUCUUGUGGUGUUAUACUCUUCGUGCUGCUUGCUGGUUAUUUACCUUUUCAAGAUGAUAAUCUUGUGAAUAUGUAUAGGAAGAUUUACAGAGGAGAUUUCAAAUGUCCUGGUUGGUUCUCUUCUGAUGCUAGACGUCUUGUGACGAAGCUUCUUGAUCCUAAUCCGAGUACUAGGAUUACGGUUGAUAAGGUUAUGGAUUCGGCUUGGUUCAAGAAGUCUGCGAAGAGAUCAAGAAACGAACCGGUUGUUGCUGUUGCUGUACCUACGGAAGGAGGAGAAGAAGCUGAGGAUGUUGAUAACUUGGUGCACAAGUCUAAGGAAGAGACGGAGACGCUGAACGCGUUUCAUAUAAUUGCGUUAUCGGAAGGGUUUGAUUUGUCUCCCUUGUUUGAGGAGAAGAAGAAAGAGGAGAAGAGGGAGAUGAGGUUCGCUACAUCUCGGCCGGCGAGUAGUGUGAUUUCGAGUUUGGAAGAAGCGGCGAGAGUUGGGAAUAAGUUUGAUGUGAGGAAGAGUGAGAGUAGGGUGAGGAUUGUAGGGAAACAGAAUGGUCGGAAAGGGAAGUUGGCGGUGGAAGCUGAGAUAUUCGCGGUGGCUCCGUCUUUUGUUGUCGUGGAAGUGAAGAAAGAUCAUGGAGAUACUCUCGAGUACAACAACUUUUUCAGUACUGCUCUUAGACCAGCUCUCAAGGACAUCUUCUGGACUUCAACACCUGCUUGAGUUUGAAAUUGUUGUGUUUUUGUUUUUUUUUUUUUUAAUUUCUCUUUGUGUAAUAUAUUGUUGGAUUCUAGAUUCGAUUCGUGAUGAUUCUUGUUCUUGAUUCUUAAUGUGGGUAUCGUUUGUUGAAUCGUGGAAAAAAAAAGUGUUAAGUCUUUUGUGUGUUGUUCUUGGGUCGUAGCCGAUUUGUCGCGUUUACGAAUCAGAGAGUGUUGUGUGUGGUGUAGAAUUAUUGUCUUAAAGAUUCCAUCAUCAUAUUCAUGAAUAAAUGAUAAUUAUGACUC